AUGGAGGAUCAAAUCCACGGUCACACCAAAAGGAUAAACCCGAAUUCCCCCGCAUGCUUGAAACUCUUCGGCUUCAGCUUCGUUCACGAAGAUAUCGUGGACGAAGCCGAAACAAGCGUCGCGCUGGAAGAUGCGUCGGAUUCAACCGCCAAGCCUACGUCACCAGACUCCAGCGGCGCCUCCGGGUUUCCGACCUCUUCCGGCGACCGCAAAUACGAGUGUCAGUACUGUUGCCGCGAGUUCGCCAACUCGCAAGCUCUCGGUGGACACCAAAACGCGCACAAGAAAGAGCGGCAACAGCUGAAGCGCGCGCAGUUACAAGCCACGCGAAACGCCGCCGUUUCUUUCGUUCGGAAUCCGAUCAUCUCAGCCUUCGCGCCGCCGCCUCACCUGCUGGCCACUCAGGGACCAGUGAUGGCGCCGGCUGCCCCGCCGUCGUGGGUGUACAUGCCACCGCGUGCUGCGCCUCCUCCCUUCCACGUGUCGGUUUCACACGGAUGCGUGUUCCCCUCGGCUAACAGUGCCGUCAUGAGUAACUGUAACGGUAGCAUUGUUACGGGUGCGAGAUCGGCGGGUGCAGGGGUGUUGCCCUAUGUUGGCGGAGUAGGGGAUUCGUCGUCCGCAUUUUCCAGUAUGGGCUCCCAAGUACAGGCCGGAGCCCACUAUGGGAGGAUUGAUGGGCCAUCUCUGAGUAAACUCUCUAGAGGAGAGGUGGGGUCCAGUUUUGAUGACGGCUUCGGCUUGGACUUGCACCUUAGCCUAGCUCCGCCAUGA